AGAAGAAAUUUGCAGUUACACGACGACUGCUCAUAAAGUCCAAGCUAUUGAAGAAGGCUGGCUCCAUGCUGGUAGCUGAAAUUGAGGAGAAGAAGCUUGAGAAAGAAAGAGUUGUAGAUGAAAGUGUUCCACCGCUGAAGCUGUCGGGUCUGUCAGCCCAAGAGCUCCAGGAACUUUGCAACGAAUUACACAGGAAAAUAGAUGUUGCUGAUGAGGCACGUUAUGAUAUGGGGGUUAAAGUGGACAAAAAUGAGAAUGAGAUCCAGUCACUGAAACAGAAGAUCAUAGAGCUGAAGGGGAUAAAAAAGCCCAGAUUGAAGAGGGUAAAGAAAACAACUGAUGACAUGCUGGGAGCAUGCACCGAAACCUCCAAACUCAUGAAAGCCGACUUCAAGGCCAACCUCAGAACAGUGAAGAAAGAUGAGGACAAGAAGGAAGAAGUGACUGAUUGGCGUAAGAACGUGGAGGCCCUCUCUGGCAUGGAGGGCAGGAAGAAGCUGUUUAAUGCAGGACAAUGAAGAGAUGCUCGUUAGCAAACAUGGUUUUGUUAGCAACACGUCUGUCUAAUGUUCACUAUAAGUUCAAGAUAUUCAACUCUUAUCGUGCUUUACUCUGACAUUAAACUCCUACAUGUGACCAGAUGCCGUCUCUAAAGGUAAAAAUUUAUUUGAUUAGAUAUUGCAUAAUUCAAAUUCUGUGUUUUAAAUAAAGGCCAAUUUGAUUGA